GCCCUUGCCCGUCCGUAUCUUCAGCUAGUUCACUUGGCUUUUCUUUGCUCCUGCAUUGCAUCCUUUCUACUUUGGGCUCCCAUGAAUAAAAAGGGUAUUAUUAAACUUAUUUAAGAAGAGGGAGGACCUAUCAAACGCAUGCACAUGCCUCUCUGUAAUCGGCCAGAGAGCUGAAUAUAGAAAUAAAGGGAGGAAUGGAUUUGCAUUUGGAUGUGCCUUGCAGAGAGGCUACUUGGGACCUUCGAGGCACAAAAGAAAGCUUCUGGCUUGUGGUUUGGCUAUGAACCUGUCAUUAGGUUUCCAGCUGCAAGCUUGUGCAUCUCCUCUCGCUCUCCGUUACAUUUAAAUGGGAGAUUGGAUUCUUUCAUAGGAAGGAAGUUUACAUUUUUUUUUUAAAUACCUCCCAAAUUGGUGUUGUGAGGAGUGCGUGACCUUGGAGAAAAUGCAUUUUGUGGGUCAGCUUUUCAGCUGGAGGCAAUGCCAAGGGAUGUAUGCCAAAAGCCUGGAGAGCCAGGGCUGCGUCCUGGGGUGAGGGGAGGAUCCCCUGGUCAGGCUGGGACUUCCCAGAGGAAAGACCUGUGUACCUGCUGGGGUUGGGGUCUCGCUGCGAGCUGCUGUGCAGGAGCUGAGCGCUGUGUCUGCCAUUGCUAGAGCUGUCUGUGCCGAGCAGCCUUCCCAUGCACAGCCUCACACACGUGAAGUUAAAAAAAGGGAUGACAUCAGUGGUACCGCAGUUCUGCGAUGAAAGAGUUCCUCGUGGUGCUUUUAGAAGUCGUUGAGAAAGAGGAAAAGUUUGAUGGAAAAAAACUUAGGGCUUGAUUUAUGCAGACCUCCCAACUCUAACACUGUGCUCACAGCCUAGAAAGGCUCAGCCCCGUCCUGCCAGGUGGAGGCUGUCUGCAGAGCAUUGCCUUACUGGGGAGAGUCCAUUUGCAGCCAUUUGUCAAGUUGUGCAAAAACCACGCAGGACACUUGGAUGUUGUUUGCUGACGUGCUGAAAGAUGCCGGCAGCGUGUCUCGUCCCCACGUGGAGCCAUGCCCCGUUGCUAUGGAGUAGUGGUGGUCAGAAGAAGCUGCUGCCCACGGCUGCAGAAGAGAUUAUGGACGUUGGCUAUCUUAAAGUAUAAAAAUGUGUUUCGUUGAGUUGGACGCAAUUCAGCCAUGUUUCGUGUCGAUCCUCCUGGGCGCGUUGUGUGCCUCUCAUUGGUCACACGGCAUUAGGGAGGGAAGUGGGCUUAGGGCUGCUCCUAAACAGGGGUUUGAAAACUGUGAAGUUCUUCCGGAAGAUGGAAUGAUUGGAUGGAGCCCUAUUUAUAAAAGCUACGGCUGGUUAGAAUUGCUCCAAGAUAAUCAAUCAGAAUUAAGUCUUUCCUCUUCUUUGUCCAAAGUACACCUCUUUUUUCACCCUGACAAGCUGAGCUCUGCAUUUUCUCUCUUGUUUUAGCUAAGAAAGGAAUUGCUCAUCCCAGUCCAAUGGCGUUCAAUAGUUUAUUUAAACAUAAAAUGAAAAUGAAACUCCUCCAAACUGGUAUUUGCCUGCUCCUUAUGGUACACCAAUUAACUGAUGAAACCUGCAGAAGUCACUCCACUUUCACUCUUUCCUUCACCAUAAAUAGGUGAAGGUGGAGAAUGACCUUUUGUUUCUAUUCAGUUGUAUUGGGAAUGCGGAGGGGCCUUCAUCCUGAAAAAGGCAAACAGUCACAGUUUGGGUUUUAUGCGUAAAUGAGCACACCCUCCUCAAAUAGUGAAAUUACAUUUUAAAUCCCGUUGAACACGAUUCAGUUCAUUUUUCAAUACAAAUUUGUUCAGAGAGGCUUUCUGUGCUCGUUGCAGCUCUAAAUCCCCUCUGUCCACAUUUCCAUUCAGUGAGAGAAGAGCACACGCCAUCGAUGUGGGAGAAAUUUGUAUCGGGAGCUUGGGAAACUUGUGCUUGCCAAGUGCCUCAUGGUUAACACACAAUGGAUGAAGGCAUUGUCACAUUAACAGCAAGGCUUCUACCCGGAGCGGCACUGAAUUGAGUAAUAGGCACGGGCUGACGAGAGGCAGCUUCUAUAUUAGAACCGGUCGAGGAGGCACUGGGAUGGAAGAGGGCUGAGAUGUGUCAGACACGCUUCACAGUGGCCCUGGGGUGUGUGCUGGUGGAAGUGCUCUCAUCGCGAUGACAGCCCGCUGCUGGGUGCCAGUCCUCAAUAGGCGCCCGCUGCUCACCUCCCAGCCCUCCCGGAGCACGCUGUGACCUCGCUGUGGGAAUCCACACUCGGAUGUCCAUAGGCUUUGUGCCUCCUUCUCCUUCCCCUUGCCCAUGGCUGAGGAUGAUUUGCGGGCAGGCGAUUAGGCAAGAGCGAAUUCCUGGUGAUUGAGGCACGUCGUUUUUCUGUCUCCUACAGGUGACGAACGGGCCGUGCAGCAUUGCAGCCAACGGGUGGAACUUGUCCCGACCUGCAGGGCGGGCGGGGAGGCCGGGAGCUGUGCACCCCGCUGUGGGGUUCCAUGGCCCUGCUGAUACUGGGGCUGCUGCGGAUGGUGCUAAUUUCUCCACGCUAAUUGCUUGCCUUGGGUUAGCAGCUGGAUGAGGGCGUGAAGAACAGGGAUCCCUAUGAUGACAGGCAGGCUGGGAGAGGGUAAAAUUGCCCUGACCUGGAGAAGCCCUUACAUGGAGCAGGAAGACACAGGCCACCAGACCCGCUCAGUCUCCAGCCGUCCCUACUACAGCCUGCCCAACAGCAGCCAUGAGCGACGCUCAGUGCUCGCUGUCACGGAGCCGCUGCGCUUCCACUCCCACGCCAAGGGCAAGAACGUGCGGCUGGACACCCACUCCCGACGGGCCACGAGGAGGAACAGCUUCUGUAACGGGAUCACCUUCACCAACCGGCCCAUCCACCUCUACGAGAAGGUGCGGCUGAAGCUGGUGGCCGUGCACCAUGGCUGGAGCGGGGCCCUGCGCUUCGGCUUCACCACUCACGACCCAUCACAGAUGAGCUCUGAUGACAUACCAAAGUACGCCUGCCCGGACCUGGUGACUCGGCCCGGCUACUGGGCCAAAGCCCUGCCAGAGAGGUUUGCUGUCAGGGACAACGUCUUGGCCUUCUGGGUUGACCGUCAUGGGAGAGUCUUCUACAGUAUUAAUGACGAGGAGCCAAUAUUGUUUCACUGUGGUAUUAAAGUCUCCGGUCCUCUCUGGGCACUCAUAGAUGUCUAUGGAAUCACCCACGAAGUGCAAAUACUAGACAGCAUGUUUGCAGAGACCAUGACCACUGCCCGCCUCAGCACUGCCCGUCUCAGCACUUGCCUUCCCCAGAGCAACCAUGACUCGGCCAACUUCAAUAACAAUGAACUGGAGAACAACCAAGUGGUGGCCAAAAUCGCCAACCUAAACCUAAGUCGGGUGCCAGGACUGGUGACAGACAACCACAUCAUCCCCUGCUGCCCCAACCGGCGGCCGCGUGUCCAGGGGGUCCCGGCCUUCCUGGACACAGACCUGCGAUUCCACCCUACCCAUGGACCUGACAUCACCUUUUCUCAGGACCGGAUGGUGGCCUGGACCAACUGGCAAGAGAGCAAUAGGACUUUGGUGUUUUCUGACCGCCCUUUGCACAUCGGCGAGAGCCUGUUUGUGGAAGUGGGACACCUUGGGAUGCCGUACUACGGGGCCUUCUCGUUUGGCAUCACUUCUUGUGAUCCAAGUACUUUACGGACAAAUGAGCUCCCAGCAGAUCCGGACCUUCUCCUGGACCGCAAGGAGUACUGGGUGGUGUACCGGGCCUUCCCGGUCCUCAACGGCGGUGACAUCCUCAGCUUCACAGUCUUGCCAAACGGCGAGGUGCACCAUGGGGUGAACGGAGCAAGCCGUGGCAUGCUGAUGUGCGUGGAUACCUCGCAGUCUCUCUGGGUGUUCUUUGCGAUCCAUGGUGUAAUCAACCAGCUGAAAAUACUGGGCACUGUGCAGUCCAGCCCAGUGACCGUCUCACCCUCAGGGUCCCCUGGUGGUUCGCAGUACGACAGCGACUCUGAUAUGGCCUUCAGCGUCAACAGGUCAUCAUCUGCCUCGGAGUCUUCUCUCGUGACUGCUCCCAGCUCCCCCCUGAGCCCCCCCAUCUCUCCCGUCUUCCCCCCUCCAGAGCCAUCCAGCAGCAAGAACGGGGAAUGCACCGUCUGCUUUGACAACGAGGUGGACACGGUGAUCUAUACCUGUGGACACAUGUGCCUCUGCAACACCUGCGGUCUUAAGCUGAAGAAGCAGCUCAAUGCCUGCUGCCCCAUCUGCCGACGGGUUAUCAAAGAUGUUAUUAAGAUUUACCGCCCGUAGCGCCCGGCUUGGGCUUGGGAAGGGAGACCACCGCUAGCAGUAACCAUGCCUUUCCGUCCCUGCUUAUGGGUUAUUGUGCUGGUCAGUCGUAAUCAAGUGGCUCGUUAUCUGUGUUUCCUUAUUUGAUUGGUAGGGCACAAUUCAGGGAUCAAAUUGAGCUAAGGAUCACAUGGGGCCGUGCGGCUGGGCUGCAUGCCCACAGAAUGAAUUGAGGUAGGGACCUGACCUAGCUGCAGAUGGGAAAUUCCCUGUGCCAAGCUCUUUUAUCCUCCAGAGGAUGAGGCCAAUGCGGUGUGGGUUAGGAGGGAACGCUGCCAUUUGUUUGGUGCUGCUGGGUUGCCUGGCCCCAAAGCUCAGACAGCUCUGCGCUGCUGGUGCUGUGGUGGAGCAAAAUUAGAAUGUGGCCCAGUGGGAGGGUUUGGAGUGGGCAAAAUUGAUCUGAAAAUUUAAUACCCAUCCAUUUAAGGGGAACAAGCGAAGGCCAAAAUAGUAGCACAACCAGACUGUCAUUUGUUUGGGUUUUGAGCAGGCUUCUGGGGCAUGUGGAGGAGCUGCUUUAGGCUUGGCUGCAGCAGCUCUUGCUUUUUGUGGUGGAACGGAGCCCAAGUUUUGCUCUGCUCCUCACAGCAUGGGGCAGUUGUGGUCUCACAGGGUCCUCCCUGGUUCAUGUCUCUUAUCUUUUCCCCAGUCCCUGUGGGGUUCACCUUCUUUCUGGGGACUGAGCCAUAUUUCUGCUGCCUCUCUGGAUUUCCCAGCACAGCUCCCACUGCCCACACGUGCUGUCAGGAGAGACGCUUCAGCCAGAGGCAAGAAUUCAUUGGGAUGAAUAGGGAUCAAACUUGGCUUUGCAUGGGAGAUGGGAAGAAAAAGGCUCUGAGGCUAUUGUUAGACUUAAAAAGUAAAUGGAUUUCAGCUGUGACGUUAGGCAGCCAUGAGCAGCAGCAAUCCAGGGGAGGUGGGAAGUGUAUGGGCAGGCAGUGGGACUGUGCGGGGCUUGGUGUCCUUCCUGAUGCUCCCACAGGAGUUCUCCUGUCCUCUGUCCCCCUGCAGGCUUCCUCCCUGCUCCUUCCUCCCACACAAGACUCAGGCCUGGCUGCAUUUCCAGGAUGCAAACCAGAGGGUGUGAGAGGGCCUGAUGUCAUUCUAGCUCGGUGAUCGUGUGCCACCAAGUGAGUAAGAAAGGUGCAGUUAUCACAUUUCAGCUCAAAAAUGGAGAGAAGCAACCCAUGUGCUGCAGGGCUGCUGAGUGCAGAGGGAUGCUCCUGUCCCUCCGUGCUGUGGGUGUGCUGCUGCCACUGUUGCUGGUGGCUGGGUCAUGCUGCCCAGUGGGGGUUGUGGGGCUGCUCUCCCCCUCUGUGGGGGCACUGAGCUGUCCCACAUACACCCAGCAGGCAGGGCAUGGAGAGAACAUUUUUUUUUUCUGAACUUGAAGAGUUAAUGAGCAUUUCCUUUAAGUGUACAGAUGAGAGGCUGCUUUAGAAUGGGAUCUCUCAGCUGCUGUCCUGCUGCAUUGACAUGAGUGCCUGCUGGUAUUGCAGAGCCUUUUUGGGAAACUUGGCUCAUCCCUGCCUGUACAGCACCACCUUUGCAUGAUCCAGUAGCCAGAACUGUUUUCCAGCAGCUGAAGCGUUGCAGUGACCCUCAAGGCUUCCUGCCUUUGGAUCCCCCACUCUUGCUUAGUUUAGCCUUUGUAGCUCAAAGCCUAGCUGUAGUCAGUGGGCACAGCACAGGGAGCUGCGGUGGCUCAGGACGGGCUGCUGGGUGACAACUGGCCAGGUGGGCUGCCCUGUGCCCUUGCUGUGCAUGGGCUGCAGUGGGAGCUCUUUGCAUGAGGAGGAGCUUGAGGAAAGCUGAAUUCACAGCAAGUGAUGCUGGCUGGGAUCACACUGGAUUAACAGGCCAGUGGCUGUCCCCACACUCCCUGUUGCAGGGCUGCCUGCUCUGUUUGGCUGACCCCUCAGAUCUUUGACAAGCAGGGCUGACUGCACACCUGGUUCAUUUUUUUUUGGUGCAGCUCUUAUAUCCUAGGCCAGCAAGGAGAAAUAGCAAAAUCACCAGGGGCAGCCCCUGAGCAGGUUGCAGAGGGGUGGUUUUUGCUGCUGCAGCUGCAAGUGAUUUCCAGGAGGGCAGCACCCACUGAGCUCCUGUGGGGAAUUAACAGAGCUUGCAUCCAGCAGAGUGGGCAACAGGAGGAGGUGGGCACAUCACCUGUCAGAGAGCAACAGGGGUUUUCUGAAAUAGGUGGCAGAGGCUUCUCAAAAAGAUUUCCAGGAAAAGGCAGCCUCUAAUGGGUUUAAUUGUUAGUAUUUGUAUUGCUAUUUUUUUUUAAUCAGUCUGAUGAAACAUGAUUUGUACAGAAGAUCUGUUUGUGCCUUAUAAGGGUGUCUGUGCACUUUUUAUCCUUUUUAAAUCAACUUUUAAAAUAAAACAGGGAGAAAAUAACACAGAUCAAUGGUAGUUUUAUAGUUUUGUGUUCACCGGGAAGCCUGCUUUGUAUAUAUUUAUAUAUAUGUAUAUGAAGCUACAUAUAUAUAUAAAAAUACAGUAGCAGAGUAGUGUUUAUUUCCAUGGGUUUUCCCCCUGCUCCUAUUUGUUGGGUUUCUUUUUUUCUUAAAAAAGGAAGAGAGAAAGAAACAGCAGAGUGAGGGGAGCCCUUUUCCUUCCCCCUUUCGAGGCAGUUACCCUUGUUACCUUUAUGAUUCAGUCCUGUGAUCUGCACACCAUGCUGAAGCUGACUCAGACAUUGGACCUCUGCAUUGGGCUUCUCAAGAUUGGGGUGGGGGGAACGCACGGGGGGGGGGGGAGCUGCACUUCUACGUGUCCGUACUCUAUAGCGUUGUGAUCAGUGCUGUGUUGUUUUAUUUCUGUCCAUUUACCUGUUUUACAUUAAUAUAAUUUUACUUGUUUAUGAAACAAAUAAACCUUUGGCAAGUA